GAAUGAUUAUUGUUGAUUGACAAUAUUUGGAAUUAGUUCGUAUUACUUUUUAUCAAAAUCAACAAAUAAACAAAAAAAGCAUAAAGAAAUGAAUUGAUUAACAUAUUUGUGUAAUUUCAUUACAAUUACUCGGGAACAAUAUGCAAACGUGUAUAGUGUAUGCUAAAAUUUAUAUAACCGUUGUUUAUUUAUUACAAGUGAUGUAUUCAAUUCAACAGAGCCCUGAAAAUCUGGGCAUACCAUUUAUUCUUAAUUCUAAUCCAUGUUUUUUGGAUCCUUCAAUUUGUUUUCAAGUUCCUUCUGCUCCACGCAAUUUACGUUUAAAUCAAUUAAGAAGAGCUACUCCACCCGGUGCAAGUGAUCCAAAAGCAGAUUAUGCAAUAUUAGAACUAGCAUGGGAUCCACCUGAAAGAACACAUGGUGAUAUACGAGGUUAUCAAGUGUCACAUCGCCUGAUUGGACCAAUCGAUGUAUUAUAUACUAGUUCGAAUAGAGUAGAUACAGACGCGAAUUCACGACCUCCAUCUAAACCGAUUAUAAGAAAUGUCACUCAAACAGCAUACACAUCAGUUUUGUCAGAUGGAAUAAAAUUUGGACGUACUUAUCAAUUUGAAGUGGCUGCCUACAAUGGAGUUGAUCUUGGUCUACCAGCUCAAUUAAAUAUUAGUACACCUGAAGAUGUACCUGGAAGUUAUUCACUACAUGUACGUGUUAAAGGACUUUCGGCAACUGCUAUAGAAGUUUCAUGGACUCCACCUUCAAGACAAAAAUGGACUGAAGAAAUUACUAGCUACCAGGUUAAAUAUUUUCAACCAAGUGCACCAAAUGAAACUGAAAUUAUCACAACAACACAAGAACCAUUAUUACAAAUUGAAAAUCUUAAAGAAAGUACAUUCUAUACUGUUUUAGUAAGAGCAUUAACUAAAAAUGGACCAGGACCAUGGUCAGCAGCUAGUACAAUUCGUACUACAGCUGAAUUACCAGAACCUCCGUCACAAAUUAAUGGUCUACGUAUAAAUCCAAGACAAAUAAAAGUUACAUGGAAUACAAUGCCUGUUGGGCCUAUCACGAAACCCCAAAUACCAAUAACUGGAUUUCGUAUAUUUUAUUCAACAAACGAAAAUACACAGGAUUUGAAUACAUGGCAAAUUUUGGAUGUUGGUCCGGUUACAAUGGCAACACUUGACUUAUUAGAUCCACAAAAGGAUUAUGUUAUAAGAAUAAAAUCAAGAGGAGCAGAUAGGAGACAUGGAAGAUUAAGUGAACCUAUUCAUGUUGGGAUAUACAAUCCACAUGAAAUUAAUGGAGCUACUAAGGAUAUUAAUAACUUAGCCAAUUCUGGACCGGAAGAUUUAAAACGAAUCAGUCAUUUAUCAUGUACAUGGGUUCAAACUUUAGAGACAGCUAAACCUGGUGAGGCAAGUCUUAAAAUUUCAUGGAGACGUCCUCGUCAACUUGAGGGUCUUUACCAAUUUGAAAUUCAGCUACUUGGAUCUAAAACAUAUGCUGAUGAACGAAGUCAUCCGCAUCGAAUUCUGUAUGAACCACGUUCAGUGGAAGUUACAACGUCAAUGCUAGAUCAAUCUUCUAGCUCCAGUAUGAACACAAAUGGUGGGUACAUGUCAUCCACCUCAGAUCAUCCUCAGUAUGAAUUAGUUAUCGAUGAACUGGAAGCGAAUACGGUUUAUGAUGUGCAAAUUAAGCCUAUUUAUUCACAACAUGAUCAAAGUGCGACUAUAGACAGUGCAACUCCAACAGGACGUACGAGUUGUCGAACACAAAUGCUUCCUCCACUUUUAGUUCCUCGACCGAUACCAGUUACAGUACAACCAGAGACAGGAAAAGUAACUAUGCGAGUAUUUCGUGUCUCUGAAAGUCUUGGUCGUAUAAGAAGAUAUUAUUUGAUUUUAUGUAAAGUUCUUACAACAGAUUCUUUAAAUUUAACUCCAAAAUCAAAAGAGUUUAAUUGGCCACAAAAACUUCAUGAUGCAUCACAAUCUUGGAAUCCAAAUAUAUUUAUUGCAGCUGAAUAUAGUCAAGAGGCAUUUGUUGGAUCAUAUGUUGAAAUUAUAUUAAAUAUGCCAACAACAGAAAUAAAGAAACGAUUUAAAAGAAAAACUUUUAAUAAGUCAAGUGGUGUUACUAAUCAAACUCAUCAAAUACAAAAUGAUAAAUUAAUACAUUCAGAGAAACUGAAUACUAAUUCAUUACCUGAAAUUUUAGUUUAUGGUAGGCAACUAAUAAGAAAUCAGAAAUAUAAAGCAUUUGUUUUAGCUUGCAUUUAUCCAAAUAUGCCACCAUUUGGUGGCAAUACAAAUACAAUUUCAACAGGUUCUAGUACAUCAUUAGAUUCUUAUCUCUAUAAUCGUGAACAAUCAGUAGAAGAUGAAGAGAAUCUUUCUAAAGAACUAUGUACACCAAGUUUAUGGUCAAUACAUUUUCAACCAGAUCAAGCGAUCACAUAUACAGAUCAACAAAUUGGAGAUAUGCAUGCUAGUGAAUCAAUUAUAAAAGAGAAUAGUGAGACAAGUGCAAUGAAAAUAUCCAAUACAAAUUCUAAAAGUGAAUUCUUUCCUAAAUUUGCUAAUAGUGCAGAUAUUUUCACUAUAACAUUAAUUAUAAUCAUUGCAACUCUUAGUAUAAUUGCUACAAUAUGUACUGCUAUUGGAUGUUUAAUGAGAAGACGUCGAACUAAACCUAUAGAUAAUGAUAUGUCAAUCACCUUAACACCAUCAGAUGGAAUGUUAAAAACUCCAUUAAUGCCUCAAUCAGUUCAGAAUUUUUCGGGUACCAACGGAGCUAUUGAACAUGAACCAAUGGAUCCGGAUACACCAGACAAUCCUACACCAGUACAUACACCUAUACGUUCAGCAAUACCGAUACUACGCUUACCAGAAUAUGUAGCUACACUUAAACGUGACAGUGGAAUAGGCAUAUCAGAAGAGUAUGAAAGUAUUGAAACACCAAACGACCUAACAUGGAAACAUGCUAAUAUGGAGGAGAACAGACCAAAAAAUCGUUAUGCCAAUAUCAUUGCAUAUGAUCAAUCACGUGUAGUUCUUAACGAGAUCAGUCGUAUACCAGGUUCUGAUUAUAUUAAUGCUAAUUUUAUAGACGGAUAUCAGAAGAAAAGUGCGUAUAUUGCAACUCAGGGUCCAUUGCCAGGUACAUUUUAUGAUUUUUGGCGAAUGGUAUGGGAGCAAAACAGUCGCGUAAUUGUCAUGAUGACACAUUUAGAAGAGAGAGCACGUAUUAAAUGUGAUCAAUAUUGGCCGAAUAGAGGAAAAGAAGUAUUCACUUUACAACAACAGCAACAAUGCCAACAACAAGAGUAUAACAGUAAAGUAAAUUAUGAUAUUAAUUACACCACAGUGCCUACAUAUACUGUGAUUAUAAAAAGCACACAAGAAUUUGCUUACUACACAUUGCGUACAUUUAUUCUACAACGUAAUUAUGAAACUAAUCUACUGGAAACUGAUUCAGCUGCCUUCAAUCAACAUCAGAGUAUUAAUGAUUCUAAUAUGAAUAUUGAACAGCGAGAGAUUAAACAGUUUCAAUUCACAGCAUGGCCUGAUUAUGGUACACCAGAUUAUCCUCAACCAUUACUAUUGUUUAUACGACGUGUUAGUCAAGUACGUUCACAGUUAAUGCAUCAUCUACAACAAGAACGUUUAAUUAAUGAUGAGAAAGUUAAUUCAAGAGAAUUAAAAUCAUCACAAUCAAGUGAUAUUCAUAAUUCCAUGAAUUUAAACCUUUCCGAUGAAAUUGGACCUUUGAUUGUACAUUGCUCAGCUGGGGUUGGUCGUACAGGCGCAUUUAUCGUUAUCGAUUCUCAACUUGAACGACUUAAACAUGAAAAUUCAGUUGAUAUAUUUGGUGCAGUGUGCAGAAUGCGUGCACAAAGAAAUUUUAUGGUACAAACAGAAGAACAAUAUGCAUUUCUCUACGAUGUAUUUAUUGAAGCAGCUGAAGUACAUGGUACUGAAGUUACAGCUCAUGGAUUAUAUAAUCAUGUUGUGAAAUUACGUCAACCUGUACCAACAUGUAUUUUAGCUGGUUAUAAUUUAUUACCAAAUGGUUUACAAGAUAAUAAUCAUUUGACAUCAUCUAUAAAAAUUUCAAGUUUAGAAUUAGAAUUUAAAAGAUUAAAUCGUAAUUUAAUAAAUAAACGUCAAAUAACUACAGCCCUGACAUAUGAUAACAAAACAAAAAACCGUGAUUUUGACAUACUCCCCUAUGAAUCUAAUCGUGUUUGUUUAUCAUUAAUCCGCGGAGUAAAUGGAUCAGAUUAUAUUAAUGCUAGUUAUAUAGAUGGAUAUCGUAAGAGUCGGGCUUAUAUUGCAACACAAACACCUUUACCGCAUACAGUAGAUGAUUUUUGGAGAUUAAUUUGGGAAUGUAAUUCACCUAUAAUAGUUGCAUUUAGUGAUGCUCGAGAUAUGAAUUUAAUACCAACAGAUAUUAAUCAAUAUUGGCCAAGUGAUAGAUCGACAAGAUAUCAAAAUUUAAUGGUUGAACCUAUGGUUGAAUAUAAUAUGCCACAUUUUAUAUUACGUGAAUUUCGAUUAACUAAUACAACAGAUGGUCAAUCACGUACUUUAAGACAAUUUCAAUUGCAUGGAUGGCCACAUGAUAGUAUAGUACCUAAAUCUGCUGAAGCUAUUAUUGACUUAAUUGGACAAGUGCAUAAAACUCAAAUUCAAUUUGGACAAGACGGUCCUAUAACUGUGCAUUGCAAUACGGGAUCAGGAAGAACCGGUGUAUUUAUAUGUUUAAGUAUUUUAUUAGACAGAAUGAGAUCUGAAGGUAUGGUAGAUAUGUUUCUGAUUACACGAAUGUUACGUACCCAACGAAUCAAUACUAUACAAACAUCUGAUCAAUAUGCAUUUUGUUAUGCAGCUACUCUUGAAUAUUUAGCUUCAUUCGAUCAUUAUAUGAGUUGAUUUCUUUUUUUAAGUCACGGAAUAUGAGUACUCUACUCUUAUUUUCAACUCUUUUAUACUGUUAAAUUUCUUUACAAAUCCACUGUAAACAUACCUAAAUAUACAUAAUUCAAAAAAUGCAUUAUUCAUAUAAUCAAGAUCAUUAAUCAAUUAAACUUGGUUAUUAAUAAUAGAACGAAAUAGAGAAGUAAAAAUGCAUUUACUAAAUAAAAAUUAUAUAUAUAUAUA